AUGUCUUUCUCCAGCCUUGUUCAGGAUCUUACCAUGAGGGAGUCCGGCGUCCCGCGCCGACCCCGCGGUCCUCAAUCAGUCUCUACCAUUGAUGAUGGCCGGUCGCAAGUUUCCCGUGCCAUGUCUUAUGCCAGCACAGCAGCGACAAGCGUCAGCAUCUCUGGCGACAUUUCCAGCCAGCUGCACGGGGGCUACUUCCACCCUCUUGCCCGCUCGUGGCAAGCCGAGAGACAGUUGACCAAGUCAAUGCUUAUCUACCCCCUCUUCAUUUCCGACCAAGACGACGAGGAGAUCCUGAUUCCCUCUUUGCCCGGCCAAUACCGCCGAGGCAUCAACAAAACAAUGGCCUGGCUGGAGGUGCUUGUGCGCAAGGGUCUGCGCUCCGUGAUGCUCUUCGGUGUGCCCGUGCGCCCGGGGACCAAGGACGCUCUUGGUACCGCCGCCGACGACCCAGAGGGACCCGUUAUCAGAAGCAUUCGCGCUAUACGCCAGCGUUUCCCUCAGCUCUUCAUCUGCGCCGAUGUCUGCCUGUGCGAGUACACUUCCCACGGCCACUGCGGUAUCCUGCGUGACGACGGCAGCUUGAACAAUCAGCUGUCCGUUGACCGCAUUUCCGACGUUGCCAUUGCUUACGCGGUCGCUGGCGCACACUGCGUUGCUCCCUCAGACAUGAACGACGGCCGGAUCCGUGCCAUCAAGCUGAAGUUGAUCGAGGAGGGCAUCGCUCACAAGACGGUGCUUAUGUCAUACUCGGCCAAGUUCUCGGGUUGCUUGUACGGUCCGUUCCGUGACGCCGCAGGCUCUGCCCCGUCAUUCGGCGAUCGCAAGUGCUACCAGCUGCCUCCGGGCGGCCGUGGCUUGGCCCGCCGCGCAAUUGUCCGUGAUAUUGGCGAGGGUGCCGACAUCAUCAUGGUUAAGCCCGCCAGCCAGUAUCUCGACAUUAUCAGCGAUGCAAAGGAGCUCGGCAAGGACAUGCCUGUCGCCGCGUACCAGGUCAGUGGCGAAUUCGCCAUGAUCCAUGCGGCGGCCAAGUCUGGCGUUUUCGACUUGAAGGCGAUGGCUUUCGAGUCGACUGAAGGUAUCCUGAGAGCUGGUGCGACCAUUGUCAUCAGCUACUUCACCCCCGAGUUCCUCGACUGGCUCUCCACUUAA